UAAAUCUCAAGUAAAAUUUUUUUACACAAUAUUACCAAUUGUUGAAAUGAUUAAAAUAGUAUUUAUUAUUAGAAAUAUCUCAAUAAUGAUAACAGUCUGAGUCAUUUAGGAAAAGGUAGCCACCAAUAAGUCUUUACUCUUAUUCUUCAUUAAAUUCAAUGCCACCUUGUACAGUGCUGCUCCUUUUAUUGCAUAUUAAAGGAAUUUAUAGAAAAAAAUAUUUCGGUUUCCAUCGUACCAUUUCUAUUUUUAAUUAAUAUUUUAAUAAACGUUCAAAUAUAUUAGAAAAACACCAAGGCUUUCACAGGAUAUUCUUAUUUAAUAAGCCAGGUCUUCUUAUGCGACACAGCUGGGGCUCAAACAGGGCUAAGUAGUGCAGGGUCACAUACCAUUCAGCUGUUUUGAUCACUAGUAAUGUGUGUGUGUGUGUGUGGGGGGGGGGAGGUGAGCGAGUGGGUUGUACUUUUUUCCUGUUUUGUAACGUUUGAUCCUGCUAAGCCCCGCCCCCUGAAGAUAACGCAUGUUUCUUCAGCCCAGCGGGGAACCCAGACGCAAUCAGCUGCGGCGUGGGGAUCCCCGCAAAGGAUCGGGAGAUAAGAAUGGUUUGAGUUCUGCUGAAUGGGAGACGGAGGGAGAAUGGUGGACCUGUCCUCGGAGUGGAACAUCUCUUUCGCAGGCUGUGGAUUUAGGAGCAUCUACUACGUCGGAGCUUUGAGCUGCAUCCUGGAGUGGGUCCCUCAGCUGCUGCACGGAGCCUCUAAGUUCGGGGGGGCCUCCUCCGGUUGUCUGGUGGCAGCAGCCCUGGCUGUGGGGAUUCCCAUUGAACAGCUGUGUUUCAGCAUUUUAAACCUGGCAAAGGAGGCCAGAAAACACACUCUGGGAGUUUUCCACCCGACCUUCAGGAUGCUGCAGACGGUGCGGCACUCUUUGCUGGAGAAGCUCCCGCAGGAUGCCCACCUGCGGGCAUCAGGGAGGCUCUGCGUGUCCCUCACCAGACUGGCGGACGGACAAAAUGUGCUGGUGUCGAAGUUUGACACUAGAGAGGAGCUCAUUCAGGUACUCAUGUGCAGCUGCUUUUUCCCCGUCUACUGUGGCUUUAAACCACCGUCAUACCACGGAGUGUACUAUAUGGAUGGAGCUCUGAGCAACAACAUGCCCCUGUUUGAGCACAGAAACACCAUCACCAUGGCCCCCUUCUCGGGCGAGAACGACAUCUGCCCCAGGGAGGGGACCUUCAACUUUUUCGAGGUCCACUACGGCAACGUGAGCAUUCAAGUUAACACCGGCAACGUCUACCGUGUGUGUACCUCGUUCCUCCCUCCAACUCUGGAGAAGUUAGGUGAGAUCUGCCACAAUGGCUACAUGGACGCUCUUCGUUUCUUGAAAGAAAGGGAUCUGCUCGGUGCGAAGCACAUCCCUCGGAGUUUAUUGCUGGGGAAAGGCUGGACCACACCUGCUUGUCGUGAGCGUGGAAAAGAGCGGGCUAAUGCAGAAGAGGCCAGGCUGAGCAAGAUGAGGCUGCGCAAAGGAGGAAACCGUCAGCAGGAGGAGCAGACACAGCUUAGCCACAAAGUCACCCACAGCCUCCCCGCCAGCAUCCAGGAAGUGCUGCGUGAGGCGUGCCAGCAUAAUCGCGACCCAAGCAGCUGGUGGUCUCGGUUUACUGACUUCCUCCCAAUAAAACUCAUCAUUUACAUGCUGACUCUGCCCCUCCGGCCUAUCCAGCUCGGCCUCUCGCUUGCCAAAGAACAGGUCCUUUGGCUCGGACCGCGCCGACCGCACAGAGGGAGACACAAAGUCUGAACCCAGACUACUUUUAGUCCAGUUGUUCAUUUGGUCCUUUGUUGGUUUUUGUACCAGGACAGGAUUCUCUAGAAAAUGUCCAAGAUGAUGUUGGACACAGAAAGCAUGUAAAAAAUGGGAACGUGUCCAUUUACAGAAGUAUGUGUAAACUAUUUUAUUUAACUUCAUAAUUUCUAAUGCUCUUAUCAAAUAAAGGUCAUAUUUUCUUGAA